CCCUCACCAGAAACACAGUGGUCAUGGCUAUUUUCUGCUUCAUCCUUAUACAAGAGUUGGGGAUCUACAAUGGAAAUGAGCACAUGGUCGCCGCCAACAAGAUAGACUGCGAUGGAAAGUGCAAAAACAGGUGCAGGAAGGCUGGUAGGUACAAAAUGUGCAUAAGGGCGUGCAGUACUUGCUGCAAGAGGUGCAACUGCGUGCCACCAGGCACUUCUGGGAACACCCAUUUCUGCCCUUGCUAUGCUACACUCACCACACAUGGAGGAAAACUCAAGUGCCCUUAAACAUUUACUUUAUAUAUCCCUAAACUUCAAGAGUGUUCUUCCUUGCCUUUCUAUGAUGUUCAAAUUGAAAUAACUUGAAAGGUUUACGUAUUAUGUUAUCA